UUUCGGUCGCAUUUGGCUUCCUUGGCGCCGUCAGGUAGCGGUGCGUUUCGGCAGUGACGCACUUUGCAGGAAUCGUCACACAGCCUCCCUCUCUGACCUGAUGAUAGUGAGAGAGGGAGGCCAACAGUGGGCAUACCAACACACACCUCAAUGCCUUUCUUCUCCUGUCUGUGCAUCUCAAUGCAGGCGUGAUUGAUGGCCGGUGUUGAUGCCCUCGACUGCGAGGUCUGUUAUGCUCAGUUUGAUGCCGUGGGCGACAAGACGCCCAUGGUGCUGGGCAGAUGUGGUGCGCGCAGAGGAAUCGGUGGAUGGAUGGAUGGAUGAAUAGAUGGAACGCACUUCCUCUCUGAUUGAUGCAUGUGGUGCGGUGCAGGGCACACGUUCUGUUGUCAGUGUGUGAGGACCAUUCAGCAGCGCCAGCCAGAUCGAAGCGCACGGUGCCCCACGUGCCAGUAGGUGCGCAGCGGUGCCAUGCAUCGUUGUGGUCACAUGUAUCGCGAUACAUGUCGUGGUGCUCGUCGCGUUAUGUCAUGCAGGGUGAUCACCACGGCCGCUAACGUCACCAAGAACUAUUCCCUCACCAAGCUGCUGGACUCUCUGCAGAAGGAGCAAGCUGCCAAACGGAUCGACGAGUAAGAGCGAGAUGGACCGACUUGGCGGCGUGGCCAUUCAUUGCUUCUGCUCUGCUUGUGUGCAGCCUGCGGGGCCGGGUGGGUGACCUGAGGGUCGGCAAGGCAACACUGCUGCCGUCGCUGUUCACGCCACUGGUGCGCACACACGACACGCUGUCACACCUACACAUGGGUCGGUCUCUGGUGUGCAGGUGCGUGUGCCUGCGGGUAGUUCGCUCAGCGUGUGGGAAUACUACGACCUGCUGGGCGUCAUAGGCGGCAACACGCAGGUCACGCGAUUGCUGUACAGGUAUGCACACACACACACAACACAACAGUGCAUUCCAAGCCCAAGCAGCACUCUCUCUUUCUCUGUGGAUUAGAGCGUCUGUUCACGGCACCACGUACGACGACUUGCUGCGGUGUCUGGGCGACAAGACCGGCCUGGCGUUCAUCAUCCGCAAGCCACCCUACAAGUUCGGCGCCUUCAUCAGUGGCGGCAUCCAGCUGCCAGACGGACCGACCGACCGCCACAACUACGACUGUGACGUUUGGUAUUUCUCCCUGGCCGGGCACUUCGACAAGCCGAUGAAGAUAGACAUCCCACGAGGCUCCCAGUUCGUUCAGGUGGCGGGGAGGGAGGCGAGUACGCCUGGGGGUGCACGUGUGUGGGUCGGUGGGCAGUUGCAUUUGGGCCUCGGUGAUAGCAUUGGCUGUGGCCCGCCGGCGGCCGACAUCCGCUGCGGGCAACUCUUCAUGGUCGGUUGGCUGCCUGCGGGCUACACGGGGGAGAGGAAGGCCUGGGCCCCCGGCCGGGGAGCCCCACAGGCAGCUCUGCUAGGUGGGAGAUAUUUCUUCCAUGCCGAUGAGGUAGAGGUGCUGCAGGUGGGUGGGGCGUGAGUGGGUGAGUGGGUGACAAAGGGGAUGUGUCUAUAUAUCUGAGGUGCCUGUCAUCUAUGUGAGUGUUCUGUUUUCUCUAUCUAUGUCUCCCAUGGACACCAUGUACAUACCUCAUGGACACACGCCACUGACUUUUGGUGCAAGUGGUGGUCUGACGAUUUGACCAUGGACUCGCCGUCAGUUCCCACACUGACAAACCAGUCAAACACGAAUGCACGGC